UCAUGAGCAAACGGCUGCAACUACGUGAUCAGAGUCAGAGAAGGAGCAUUUGUGAUGAGUCGUCGUCCGCAGUGUUAAAGUGUUGCAAUUUAGGACAAUUUCCGCUUCAAUUUACCACCUCUACACACCAUUUUCAUUGCAAUAGUCUCAGAGAUUUCCGUGUGCACACUGUGGGUUCAUUUUGCAGCAUCGUGCGUGAGUGUUUUGCGUGAAAAAAUCGAUCCGAGAAAGUUUUGCACGGAGUUUGCUGAAACUUUUUUUUCGUGCUGGAGCGCAGUUUUUGUGGUCAAACGACGUCUAAACGGGGGGAUAGGAGGUGAGCCAAUUUGGAGCUUUUGCGAGGCAGCAAGUGGGGACCACCAUCAGCUUUUGAGGUAGCCAAAGCAGCUGCACCUGGAUCAACCUAAAUUCAGAGUCAGAGUGUGUUGUUUUUGUGUGUCCCAAAAAGUUCUUUGUUUCCACCAUCGCGGUUGCGUCCCGAAAACGUUUUCAGCCCAUAGGGAAUCCGCCACCGUGAUUACGUGUCUGCAAAUUUAGGCAGCAGCAGGAAGUGGGUGCGAGGUGUAGGAAUAACCAGCAGAAACAAAAAUCCUUCAGGGGGCUUUUGGGGCGCAGGAGAGUGGAGAGAGAAACCAUCGCCACAUCAGCCAACAAGUACAAAGAGACCACCAGAAGAAAAGCGAGUCAGCAGAGACAGCUGCCACACCGUACUCUGUGGAAUAGAGCGAGAAAGGCAGAGGUAACCAGUGAGAGAGAUUAAAUGGUGCUGAGGCAAAGUAGGCGAGGCAGAGAAAAUCACAAAAAAGCGUGCGAAGAAGACAAAGAGAUCUGGAAGUGUCAGGGAAGGCAGCAAGAUGAGAGUUGAAGUGCAUUCAGCUGCCCAAUUCCUCAUGAAUCUGCUCCGUGUGAAGCAUAAUAAGACACUGCCGGAGAAUCAGUUGGAGAACUUCAAGGGUUCCCUUGAGGAUUUGCUGCUAAUACGCUACCGUAGCCAUUGGUAUCCGGAGGUACCGACCAAGGGUAGUGGUUUCCGGUGUAUACGGAUUAAUGGGAAAAUGGAUCCAAUAAUUGAGCAGGCAGCCGUCAAUGUUGGUCUCCACCCUCGCACCCUGAAGACAAUGCUACCGCAGGAAUUGACCCUGUGGAUCGAUCCGGAUGGCGUCAGCUAUCGCAUUGGUGAGAAUGGGUCCAUCUGCUGCCUGUACGAGGCCACGUCGGAUGCACGAUCCAGCCCAUCGUCGGACCUAUCGAUGUCAAGUGAUGAAUUUAGCCUCGAGAGACGGCCAGAGUGGAAUCACAUUACCCUCCUUGGCUACCUCGAUGAGCCCUACCCCCGUUCACCGCGAAGUAGCAACAACAGCAGCUUUAGUAGCUCCGGAACGGGCAAUAGCCCACCGCUGAGCCCCAUCCUGGCACCAGCCACCGUCAAUCGAUACUCGCACAAUCAGCGUCAUCCGCAUCAUCAGAUGCACCGAACACCCAAUCGCCCCGCGUACUUCAACCACUGGGAUGGAGGAAUCAAUAACUACAAUGAUCAACUAAUUUCAAUACGUCGAUAAUUGAUGCAAACUACAUUAUAUGAUGACCCACCGUCCAGCAUAUAAACAAAAUAAUGAAGAAGUAAGAAAAAAAGACACAAAAUAUUUGUGAAGAUGAAACGAUAAACCAUCAUUGAUCCCAUAUUGCAUUAAGAUUUAAGGAUGAGAAUUAGGGGGAGGUUUGCAUUAGCGUUGAGGGCUUUGCAGAGACACGGAAAAAGUGCGAUUGUAAUGAAUAUUUAAUUUUCUAAUUGUAGAGGAAAGAGUAAAAAAAAAGAAAAUCAAUAUACAAUUUGAAAGUGAAUAAAUUGUAAAUUGUCAUAUAGGAAAAAAAAACAAACAACACACAUUCUAAAAAAAAUAUGUAUUUGAUAUAAAAUGUUUAUUUUGUAAAAGUGUCUUUUUGCACUGUUAAAAAAAACUAAUGAGCAUGCAGUUUAGAUAUAUUGCGCUAGGGCGCAAAAAUGAUUUAUUGUAGGUAUAAUAUAUUUUUUGUAUUUAGGAGGUAUAGCCAGUGAUGUUAUGGAAAGAGGUGAAUCUGUGUAUAUUACAAGAAAAAAAAAUGAAUCCAAAAUUUAUUCCUUUAGUGUAGACAUGAUAAAUAAAUUUGUACAGAAUCGAAUUUUUUUUUAAUGAAAUAUUUGCUUUCAGUCACGCAUUUAUUUUGUUUUUUACAAAUUUUUUAUUACCUGACAAGUACACACCAGCACAAAAUGCUUAUUAUGAAGGUACAAAAUUAAUUUCAAUGGGAUUUUGCAUUUCAGCUGCAAAAUAGUUACAAAUACAUUAAUUUGUAAUGUUUACACAAAAGCACGGAAAAUGUACAUUUAUUUAUACCUGCACUACCUGCAUUGGAAGUGUGCGAUAGGAAAUGUUGUUUUUUGACGUUAAUAAAUUUGACAUAAUCUCUUUUGACAGAACUUGUCAUUUUGACAUUUAAAUUUCUUAUCCAAAUUUAAAAAUUUAACCGUUUUCUUAUUCCUUAAUUCAUGAUUUUGCUUAACUUUGCAUUUACUUUUGUAUUUUGACAGAUCAAAGAAUAAAUUAAAUUAAAUUAAUGGCUCCAUCUAAUUGUGACUCAGAAAAAGACUAAUGUUGACUCAACUCCCUUAACGCGACUUAAAUUUUCCCUUAUUUAGACUCAGCCUUUAACUAAUGUAGACUCAAUUUUUAACUAAUGUACACUCAACUUUAACCUUAUGAUAUUUUGUAGUGCAGAUAAGUUUAAAAAAAUUGAGUCACCAUAAGGUAAAGGCUGAGUCUACAUUAGUUAAAAAUUAAGUCUAAAUAAGACAAAAUUUGAUUCGCGCUAAGGGAGUUGAGUCUAUAUUAGUCAUUUUCUGAGUCACAAUAAGGUAAAUUUGCGUCAAUAUUAGUUUUAACCUUAAAUUAAAUAAAUUCUACUGAAAUACCAAAAAACGAAGGAGCUUAUUCGUUUCUAGUAGGAAAAACCUGGAAAACCUCGUAUUACAAGAAAUAAUCGGAAUUUAUAAUUUUUUAGAGGAUUGAAAACGAAUAAGAUAUCAACAAACAAGAGAGUUUCUUUUUGGAAACAAAACAGCGAAAGUUUCCCCAAAAAUGCAAAUAAUGACGUCAUAAAUAUGAUUUUUGUCUCUUAAUGCAUUUAGUAUUCAAUCUAUUGCUUCGUCAGUGAUUCUUGACAGCGUAUUUUUUUUGCUUCAUGCAUAAAAAGGAAGAAAAAACACAGUAAUGACGUCAUUAUUAACAUUUUUGAACAAACUUUUCCAGUCUUUGAUCACAGAUGAAAAUGAAAAGAUUCUGAAAAUUUCUUAUUCUGUUAUCAAUCCUUUACAAGUUUAGACGUUCUAUCCAACUUGUUUUCUGGAAUGAGGGGUUUUACCAUACAAAAACGAAUAAACUCCUUUACAGAAAUAUCUCUCAUUUUAAAAAUUAAUAAAUAAAUAUACUAUUUUCCCGCUGAAAUGCAUUAUCUGUUUACUUUAUAUAGUCACGAGGAAGUGAUACACUUGAUCAAAUUGUUAUUGGAACUCAAUGGGGGAGAGUAUUGUGAUGAAUGGAACAAUUGAUCCGAUAUUCUCCCCAUUUCCCCCCUAUUGAUAAGGCUUGAUCUCACUUUUAUUAUACAUAAUUUGCGAUUUUUUUUUGUAUCAGCGCAAAAAGUACAAAUGAAAGCUACAAAACAUCUGAGAAAAGAUAUAAAAUUCUGCUGAAAUUUCAUCUCUUCACGUUGCAUUUGCUCGCAAAAGAAAUUCCCUCCCUGAUUUCAGUGGUGGGUACUAUCGGAAAUUUAAUCUCUCCAUAAAAUAUCGUGGUUUCGUCUUUUGCUGGAGAAAAAAAAAGUGCAGCAGAGUUUUAUCUUUUCACACAAGUUUGUGCCUUUUUAGCGUGGUUCGUUGCUAUACAAAAUGAAUUUACAAAAAAAAAAAAUCAUUAUAUUUUACAACAAUGCAAUUUGCACCCAGACAAAAUUAUUUUUGCUGAAAAAUUUUCUGUGAUUUAUUUGCCUUUCGCCGCGUACAAAGAACACACAAAACAUCUUGGGUGAAAUUCGUUGAAGAAUUUCUCCCAAAGACGGGCGAGGAGAAACGAUAAAAUUGUGAUAGACCCAAUAAUGUUUUAAUCAAUGUGUAUCUCCAACAAGCAUAAAAACUUUAGUCACUAACAGAAUAACAAAAAGCUUUCACUUUUAAUACGUUAUCCCCCCAAUGUGACACAAUCCAAUUUACAUUUAUUAUUUUUUUAUUUUUGAACAUUAUGUGUAACAUGUUUAUGAAUACAAAAAAAAAUUGGAGAAAUCCCCCCCCGUGCUUUUCCUUUACGUAUAUAGUAGAACUGAGAUACCUGAAGAAAAUAUCCUUUAUUGAAUGAUAAGAGAGAGGAGUUAAGGAAAGAAAGGGAGGGGCUAGAAAAUUUAACGUAUAGGACGUUUUUUGUGCGUUCAACUAUUAAAUUAAUGAUCUGAUGAAUUUGUAGGAAAAAAACAGCCCCUCUGGGAGUUGGAGGAGGAUAGCAUACCUCCUAAUUGCAACAAAGUUCCUAGAAUUUUUCAAAAGGACUGCAGGGAAGUUUUGUCAAGUUAAAUAAUCAAAAUGCCUCAGUUAAUUCAUUUUGAACUAAAAGCCAUCUUUUUGCAGAUCUAUUUUUCAAAGGAAUUUUGUAGUAAAAGGUUUUUUUUUUAUAAAAUUCAUUAUAAAAAUUUCCAAGAAUUCACAUUGGAAAAAUUUAAUUAAAGAGAAUGAUGAAAGGCUCUGGAAAAGCGUGGUCUUUUUCCAUGAAUGUGAUGGAAAAGUAAUGACUAUUCCAAUUUAUUAACGGUGAAAUAUGAGAAAAACAAUUGAAAGUUUUACCUGUAACUGGAAAAAUCUUUUCUUUCACAAUAUUUGAGGAAAACUAUCCAAUUUUCCACGAUUAUUUGUUCCUUUAUCAUGCUCUUUAAUAUUAUUAAAUUAAAUUAAAGCUCAAGUUUUUUUUCUUCAAUAUUUUAUAAACUUUCCGGACCUGAUGAAUGAGUUAAUUAAAUACACAAUUUGGGAAGACAUUAAAGAAGAAAGAUAUUAUAAAAAUAUAAUUCUAUCCCAUUUUCCUGCCUUGUUCUAUUUUUUUAGAACCUGGAGGUGAUUUUAAAAAUUUAUUUUAACUCAGAUUUUUGGUUAAAUAUUUUUCUUAAAAAACUUUUAUUCAAAAGCGACGUAUCGGACGUUUAAUUUCUUUCUUACGCUACUAAAUCGAUCAAUUUUAACCAAUUUGGGAUGGACUUAAAUAUUAUUUAUUUUAUUAAAAUUAUUUUUUUAAAUUAAAACAAUAAAUUGAUAUGAGCAUUUUCUUGUAGAUUUAACAAAAUUUCCCCAUUAAAUGUACGUUGAUUUUCUUAUAACAAGAUCACCAAUAAUUUAAUUUUCUUUUAAAAGAAAAUUGAGAAAAAGAAAUCCACCAGACGUCAAUAUUUAAUAUAUACAGCUCGGAUGGAAUAUUAUAUUACACGUAUAAAUAAAAAAAAGAAAUAAAACCGAAUUAUGAUAACAUGAAAAACCUGCAAAAUCACUGUGUUUAUUGCACAAGUUCUUAGGAAAGAGAUAAAAGAAAAAAAAUGAGGAAAUUUCGCUUUACCUGCCAUUUUAACUGUAAUUGACAAAACAAAUUUAUUACAAUAAAAACAAAAAUGUGUUAACAAAACGUUAGAAAAACAAAUAUGAAAGAUUUCAAAAUGAGGUAAGACGACGCUUUUUUUUCUAGUUUGUAAUAGAAAUUUAUUUAACAACAAAAGAUUAAUGAGAAGUUUUUCUAUAAGAAGUUUAGAAGAUGAAGAAAUAACCUAAAAAAACAACAAGAAAGCAUACAAUUACUAGAAAGUUUAGUGGAAACGGAAUGUGAUAAUAUCAAAUUUUUAUUAUUAAAUUUGUAAUAAAUUCGAUAAUAAACAUGAAAACUAUAGUUUCGAUUUAAAAAAAAUAUUAAAAAUUACAAACUUACGGCAUAGAAUGGGGAAAAAUUAUCAGGAAAAACAAAUUCAAAGUCUUAUGAAGUAGAUACAUACAUUUAGAAAUAUUUUCUUCCAGGAAAAAAUACAAAAAAUAACAAAAA